AUGAGGAAGGGGCGCGCCUCACACAUUUCGAAGCUCAUCCUGACUAAUCCUGAGGGCUUUCUUCAUAUUUCCAACUCUCUCUCUCUCUCCAACGUUACAUGGCGCGUCCGGGCAACAGGGUCGGCCACCGGCGAGACGUACGAGGACUGCGAGCAGCCGCCGGAAAUUGCUCACGGAUCGGCCCGGCUCACCGUGGACGACAACGAGGAGUACGUUACGGCCCACUACACCUGCCAGGGCGGGUUCCGGCUGCAGGACUCGCGGCCAGCCCAGCUGCGGUGCAGCAUCGAGACGGACGAAUGGCAGACACCGGAGCUGCCGGCCUGUGUGCGAGACGAAGCACAGGAACCGGCAGCUAACGCGGAAGGUGGGAAGCCCUCUGGCAAGCGCAAACCGGGUCAGAAAGGGCAAAAUAUUCAGGAGGAACCGGACGUCGACAGUGAGCUGGCUGCUCGGCUCGACUUGUCCUGCAUGACCCACGGGCUCAUACGGGCCCCGGAGAUCGAUAAUGGAUACGUGGUGAAGUACAACAGACGGAAGAAGGAUGGCCACAUUUUCCUGGUGGCGUACUACGAGUGCGAUGACUACCACGCGCUGCAGCCGACGGAAGUGGAUCGACUGUACUGCAGCGGGAAGAAGUGGAUCGGCAAGCGCCCGGAAUGCAUCUCGACCCGGUCCGGCCACGAGGACGACGAGGAGGGUGAAGAUGAGGAAGACGAAGAGGAGGGAGCGGAAGAAGAUUACGAAGAGGAAGGCGAGGAGGACUCUGACCAAACAUCCAAAUCGGAUGAUAGUGCCCACGAGCAACCGAAGGCCUCUCCGACAGCUCCGACGUCCACUACCCCUGCGGUGACUACAACAGUUUCGACAACGACCACAAAACACCCAGAAACAACACCGGCAGCAGCCGUGACCACGGAGGAUCAAUCGCUAGAAACGGGUGUAAACGUGCCAGAGAAUUUGUCUGUGGCUGCAAAGGAACACCCGGAACAUGAUACCCGGGCUGAAGACCACGCGGAUGACCAUCGUAAGAAGCAAGACGAAGACGAGGAAACCGACGGGGAAGAGCAGGAGCCGGACGAGGACGAUGACGAGCCAGAUCCUAUCGCGAGCGAAUCGGAACCGGCGCCGCCGCCAUUACCUGCCACGUCGACUCCUACCACGACGAUCGUGGCCGCCUGUGGUCCGGACCGUGGCGGCUGCGAUCACGAGUGCCGCAUGAUCUACCACGGCAACGAGGUAGAGCCGGUGGCCGAAUGUAGCUGCUACCGGGGCUUCGUUCUGGACGCGCGUGAUGGAAGAACCUGUCACGAUAUUGACGAGUGCCUGGAAAAUAACGGUGGCUGUGAGCAAACUUGUGUCAACAAACCCGGCUCGUACGACUGUACCUGUGAGCCAGGACUGCAAAUCGAUACGUUAAAUGGACACACGUGCAUUGAUGUUGAUGAAUGUGAGAAUGCAGUCACCGCCGAGCGGUGUUAUCGGUGCGAAAAUACCUACGGUUCCUACCGCUGUCUGGAGGCUCCCACCACCACGGAACAUGCAGGAGACGAUGGUACAGCUGACGUCGACGAAUCGGCAACCGGCGAUUAUGGAACGGAAGGCCGCCAUCAAUUGCCGGCCAAUGAGUUGCCUCAAGGAGCCCAUCAAUCAACCGCCGGAAUCGCCGGAAGUGACGCUGAAAGGUUCGACUCGACUCGGCCCGCCACGAAGGACGUGGACGUGCAGUCCGGUGAGUCGGAGCGAAGUGAGGAUGAGACCGACGUCGAGGCGUCUCCUCCGAUCCACCACCACCGCCAUCAUCACGGCGAAGAGACAACGGUACCCACGGGCCAAGAAGAAGACGACGACGAUGACGAUGGUGACGAUACCGGUAGUGAUCCUGAUGACGCUAGUGAAGCAGAUGAAGAUGAGAGCGAAAGUUCGGUGGCCGAACCGGUUCCGGUUCAAGAGGCUGAGUCAGGUGAAACGCAGGCUCAUGGAGAGAUUAGCACCUCUGCCACCACCGAAUCAACACCAAUCGACCGAGCGGAAACGAUAGAGCAUACCGACCGGGACGACGAUAAAGAGGACGAGGAAGACGCGGACCAAGAUCCCGAUUACGACGGGCACGAUGGGGACGAUGUUGGGCGCCCUGCUAAGGUACACCCCACAGCUCCAACGUUGGGGACGGGUUGUGGCGAAGGACUUCGACUGCACCCGACGACGGGCACUUGCGAAGAUAUCGACGAGUGCGUGGAACAGGAGCACGGCUGCGAUUACUGCCAAAACGCGUACGGUGGCUAUCAGUGCACUUGCCCCGCCGGCUACGAACUCGCCGAUGACGACCGACGCUGCGUGGACGUGGACGAAUGUAUCGCCGGAGAUGGGGACGAUGCCGGUGGUGGGUCGAUCUGUUCGCAUGAGUGCCACAACACGAUCGGUUCGUACGAGUGCCGGUGUCCUGGGACGUUCCACCUGAACAACGAUCGGCGGACCUGCGUCCGGGACUUCUGCCAGGAUCUGUACGAAGACCCGGAGAAGACGCGCUGCUCCCAUGAGUGCGCCGACGAGGUGGAAGGUUUCCGGUGCCGGUGCCCCGAGGGGCUCGUGCUGGACGCCGCAGACCAGAAGACGUGCCGCAGUGUGGACGGGGCCGGCUGCGAUGACAGCCAGCGGAAGCGCUGCGAUCCGGGCUCGUGUCGGCGUGUUGGGGACGGCGGUGCGGAUUAUCGGUGCGAGUGUCCGGAUGGGUACGUCCCGAGUGACCACGCCUGCCACGAUCGGGACGAGUGUCAGCUGGGUCGGCAUCGCUGUAGCCACGACUGUCACAACACACCCGGCUCGUACCGAUGCGGUUGCCCGGCCGGGUUGACACUUUCGAGCGACGGCAAGACCUGCGACGAUGUGGAUGAGUGCGGUCGCGAAACGAACGAGCUGGAGGGCGUGUGCGGUGAGCUGGAGUGCCGUAACACGUACGGCAGCUACAAAUGCGUCUGCCCGGAGGGCCGCGAGCUCGAUGAGUACGGAAUCUGCCGGCAGAUGGACCUGUGCCGGAAGGACAACGGAGGCUGCUCGCACAUCUGCACGUUCUACAACCGCGAAACGUACUGCGAUUGUCCGGAUGAGCUGGAGCUGGCCGAGGACGGGAAGACCUGCGAGACGGUCAAUGAGUGCGGGUUGAACAAUGGCGGCUGCUCCCAUACCUGUGAUCCGGAGGCCGAGCCGAGGUGCCGGUGUCCGGCCGGUAUGCAGUUGGCCGGUGAUCGGCGGACCUGAGAGGACGUGAACGAGUGCCGCACCGGCAACGGGGGGUGUGAGCAGAGUUGCCUCAACUUCGAGGGCGGCUACCGGUGCAGCUGCUUCGAUGGGUACGAGCUGGAACCAGGCGGCCGGCGUUGCGUCGAUCGUGAUGAGUGCUCCAGCGGUCAGCGAGGUGGCAGCGGGGGCUGCGAUCACAACUGUCACAACACGGACGGCUCGUACUACUGCACCUGCCACUCCGGCUACCGGUUGGCGGAGAACGCGCGCGGGUGUGUGGACGUGAACGAGUGCGAGGAUCACAAUGGCAACUGUUCACACGUCUGCAUCAACCUGCUCGGUGGCCACCAGUGCUCCUGCCCGACGGGUUUGUUCCUGCAGGCCGACGAUCGGACGUGUGACUUUGUGGACGAGUGUGAGCUCAACAAUGGUGGUUGCUCACAUACCUGUCACUAUGCGAACGGGGUCGUUAGCUGCUCGUGUCCGGCGGGCUUCCAGCUGGAGUCGACACACCGCAAGACGUGCGUCGAUAUGGACGAAUGCUCGGUGGCGAACGGAGGUUGCUCGCAUGGCUGCCACAACACACCCGGCAGCUUCUGGUGCGCGUGUCCGGCGCGCCACGAGCUGCGGCCGGAUCGGUUGACGUGCCAGGACGUGGAUGAGUGUAUAGUGGACAAUGGGAACUGCUCCAAUAUCUGUAUCAACGUGCCGGGAGGUCACCGGUGCGCGUGUGAGAUCGGCUACGAGCUGGUGACCGACGGACGGACCUGCGUCGAUGUGGACGAGUGUUCCGACGGAACACACGACUGUUCGCAUGGGUGUGUGAACGUGGCGGGUGCGUAUGAGUGUGAGUGCCCGUCUGGCUUCCACGUUGGCCGCAAUCGGUUGGCCUGCGAAGAUGUGGAUGAGUGUGCCGGGGACCCCGAUCCCGGCUGUGAGCAUCGGUGUGUCAACACGAUCGGAUCGUUUCGGUGCGCGUGUCCCGACGGGCAUCGACUGGCCGCCGACAAUCGGACCUGCUCCGACGUGGACGAGUGCAGCGAAGCGGGGGCCAGCGACGAGAGGGGCUGUACGCAUGAGUGUGUGAACACGAUCGGUGGCUUCGAGUGCCGGUGUCCGCCGGGGCUGCGGCUGGACAUCGACGGUCGAUCGUGCGUGGACAUCGACGAGUGUCGGAUCAACAGUUUCAACGGGGGCUGCUCGCAUGUGUGCGAAAACACCGACGGAAGCUUCCGGUGCCGGUGCCCGGAAGGGAUGGUGCUGGGUGAGGAUCAGGCGACCUGCGCGGAUAUCGACGAGUGUGCGGUCCUGAACGGGGGCUGCAGUCAGCUGUGCAUUAACCGCGACGGUGGCUUCCGGUGUGGCUGCCAUCCGGGCUACAGUCUGAUGGAGGUGGACAACAAAACCUGCGAGGUGUCCAAUCCGUGCGCGCUGCGGAACGGGAGGUGCCAGCACUACUGUAGCCUGAAAGCUGGCCAACCGGUGUGCUCGUGUCGCGAGGGCUACGUGCUGAACCGGACCGAUCUGGUGAGCUGUGUCGAUCACAACGAGUGCCUUGUGGUGGCCGACCACAACUGUCAGCAGCGGUGCAUCAACCUGGAGGGCUCGUAUCGGUGCGACUGCUACGCGGGUUACGAGAAGAAUGCGCUGGGCCAGUGCGCCGACAUCAACGAGUGCCUGGUGGACAAUGGAGGCUGUGGGGGGCGCGGUCAGUGCGUCAACACGGCCGGUGGCAGCCGCUGCACUUGCCCGGUCGGGUUCAAGCUGGGCCACGAUCGGAAGAGCUGUAUCGAGCUGCAGGAUCACUGUCGACCGCUGGAAGCGCCACGAAACGCGGACAUCCGGUGCACCCGGUCGCGGCACAAGACGCAACUGUUUUACCGAUCGAAGUGUAUCGUCACCUGCCGGAAGGGCUUCAAACUGCACGGACCCAGCGUCCGCCACUGCAACGGAACCGGCGAGUGGGACGAAGGAGAAUCGAUCUGUGUGCCACUGGCCUGUCCCCGGCUGAGCCGACCAGCGAACGGGGUGAUACUGCCGGUCGCCUGCACCGCCGGCAAAAUCUUCUCCAGCGAACGGUGCGUCCUGCACUGUAAACCCGGAUUCAAGCCCCUCGCCCGCCGGACCGCGGUUUGCAACCUGACGCAGGCCUGGGUCCCGAGCGAUAACCUUCAGUGUGUGCCGUCGUCCUUGCCGAGCGCGUCCCCGGCACCGGCGCCGAUCAGCGUGAAACCCUUCAUUCAGUGUCCUCCCGAUAUGCACGAGGUGCUACCACUUGGCCAGCACACGAUGGCGGUGCGUAUCGAACGCCCGAAAACGAACGUCGACUGGCACCGGGACGUGGACGCUCAUCCCGGGUGGGGUAAGCAGCUGCAGACCGAGCUGCCGGCCGGUGAGACGAUCGUGACGUUCCGGGCGCGCAGCCCUUCGUCGAAUGUGAACGACGUGUGCCGGGUGGUGAUCAAAGUUAGAGAACGCAAACCACCGACCGUGAUGCAGUGUCCGGAAUCGUUUGAGGUGCAACUGGAGCGCAACGAACCCGCGCGCUCGGUGUUUUGGGCCGAACCAAAGUUUGAAUCCGCGUCCGAGAUCAAGCAGCUGUACAAGUCCAACACGCCUGGCCAACCACUUCCGGUUGGUGUCCACUACAUCAACUACAUUGCGACCGAUGCGGACGGGCUGAGUGCGAACUGCAACUUCCGGGUCGUGGUCAAAGCUGCCCCGUUGCCGGUGGAGCACGAAAUGGAACCAAGACGAACCGCGGCGCCGAGGCCGGCCGAACUGAGCCGCCUGGAGAACCACGAGUCAUUCCUUAUCUGCCCCGGCAAGCCACCGGUGCGCCUGGAUGCCAACUAUCCCCUCCACGUACCGCAAGGCUGUGUGGUGAAGAAUAUUCGCAUCAAGCAAAAGCUGGCGAGGUUGAGACAUCAGCAGCGUAUGUUGGCACAGCAUUUGCAGCACCUCGAGGAGACCCCUAAUGCGAGUCCCGCAUUGGUCCGCCAACAGCACCAGCGUUACAAUAAUCUGCUACGCUACUACUCGUCGUGGGAUCGUGUUUCGGGUUCGUCGUCGGGCGGCAUGAGGACCUCUCCGGAUGGCCCUUCCAUGCAGCAUCGUCCAACGCACCCAUCGACGCAUCCGAUGACUUCAUCACAUUAUCAGCAGCACGAGCACCAUCAGCGGCAGCAGCAGCACCAUCAACCGCGCCGGUGGCUGAGAAAGCGAAGUCGGGCAAACGCUGAAGUGGCUUCGGUGGCGGCGAAGGAUUAA